GUACCUCGCGCUUCAAAAUCAGUUCCGUUUCCUAGAAGCUAAAAAUACUCAUAUUUCUCUCUCUUCCGUCGGAGUUUCCGCCCCCACCUCUCCGGCCUCUGCGAGUCAUGAAACCCCCCGGCGGCCUACUCGCAACCGUGUCUCCGCCUAAUUUUGUCCCAAAACCUGCCGCCUUUCCCGCAAGCUUGCACGUCGUCGUUUUCAGCCCCACGCCCAGGCUCAAACCACCAACCCGACGCCGUUUCCCCCUUGGGGUAUCGUGUUCAUUGGGAAUUUCGAAUGCUAAGAAGGAUUCGCUUCAGUUUUCUUCUAGAAACAUCGACGUAUUAUCCGAUUCGCAGCCGGGUAAUCAAUUGUUGAAUUUUGAAGUGAGAAGCCCUUCUAUUCCAGCUAGUAUAAUUUCGGCCGCCCCCAAAUUGAGCUUGAGCGAUCAAGCUUUCCUGCUCCUCGCCUUCAUUGGUUGCACGACUUCUGUUGCAUUCGCUAGCCUUGUUGCUGCAUCUGUGCCAACACUAUUCGCAAUGCGAAGGGCAGCAAUAUCCCUUGCAAAAUUAGCCGAUACUGCUCGUGAAGAGCUCCCUAGUACAAUGGCUGCAAUCAGGCUCUCUGGCAUGGAAAUCAGUGAUCUAACACUAGAAUUGAAUGACUUGAGCCAAGAAAUAGCAGACGGAGUCAACAAAUCUUCUCAAGCGGUGCAAGCAGCAGAAGCUGGAAUCCGACAAAUAGGUUCAGUUGCUCGCGAACAGACAAUGUCCAUGAUUCAGGAAAGGGCUAGCCUGCCAAUCAUCUCCCUACAACCAGUGGUUGUGGGGGCCGCAAAGAAGACUUCUCGUGCCGUCGGUCAAGCCACCAAGACUUUACUGAAUAUGAUCUCGCGAGGUGAGCAUAACUCAGCAGAUGAAGAUGGUGAUUCCAUGGAUAGGAUUGAAAGUUAGGAAGUUCGAUCGGAAAGGUAAAUUUUACAAGCUGAGUCAAUAUACGUGAUAGAAUGUUGCUCAAUUUGGUCGAAAAGCCAGCAGGUCAUGCUUGUGAGUUCUCAUCCAUAUACGAAAACAAUGGAAACGAGGACUUAUUCUGUCAUCUUCUCAUGUGUAUAUAUAUGCCAUUAUCUUUUUCCACAACAGAGAAAAAUAUAUGAUCCAAGUGAAACUUUUAGUCUCGAUUUAAUUUACUGUAACUUUUGUGAACUUAGUGUCGGAUGUUUUGAGACAGAGUGAAAACCCAUGAGAUCAAAAGACAGAGAAAGAUGUCUUUGUAGCAUAUAGGCAAGCUCAAUUGAGUAAUGGAGACAGAAUUGGCCUGCUCGAAAAUGUACUGGAUGAUUUCAUUAAAUUAACUUUUUUUUCUUCU